GGAAGAGAAUGAGGGAGGCGCGCGUGCCUGAUCAGUGCAGUGUGGGUUUGGAUUGUUUAUAUUUUCUCUCUUUUUGGUUUUGAGUUUAAAAGAAGGAACCGGAAAUGGAGAGUGUGGUACAGCACAGACUUCCACCUGAUGAAGGCACACUGCUGGGAGUUCAGUCAGAGCGUGGGAGAGAUGCUGAGAAGUUCACUCAGGCGUUCCUGAAGAGCAGCACGUCCCGUGUGAGCGGUGAGAGAGCGGAGGAGAUGCUGGAGCACAAGGCCGUGGUGCUGAGGUUCACUCGGGAGAAGAAGACGAGGAGGACGAGGACGAAGACUAAAGGACUGAACGCCAAGGAGAGGAGAGCACUGGGAGUGUUCCAGCUGAAACCUGAGCAUCAGAAGUACGAUCUCUUCCUCCCGCUGCACGAUCUCUGGACGCAGUACAUCACAGAGCUGUGUAACGGACUCCGACCCGAGAGUAACCUACAGGUGAUGCAGCAGAAGCUCCUGAAGGCAGAUUUUCACGGCGCAAUAAUAACAGUGGUCCGCUCUAGGUGCCCCUCCUACGUGGGCUCCACGGGGAUCCUGGUGCAGGAGCUGAAACACGUGUUUAAGAUCAUCACUAAGGAGAACAGACUGAAGAUCAUUCCUAAGAGGAACAGUGUGUUCAGUGUGCAGAUGGGAGACUUUGUGACUCAUAUUUACGGCAGCAGGUUCGAGCUGCGCUCCAGUGAGAGAUCGGCCAAAAAGUUCAAGACCAGAGGAACCAUCGACCUGUGAGGAGCCUCCUGAUCAUCUCUCACACACACACACACACACACACACACACCGUACAGAAGUGAAUCAGCUCUGCAGGAGUGUGUUAUGAAGAUGGCUGAGAUUUGUUUGUGAAAGGGCGGAGUCACACUAGGACACGCCCACUGUUUCUGGCCAGUAUUUUAUGCCACUUCAGAACACAAGGGGGCGCCAGACACUGAUUUUUUUUUUUUUCCUUUAUGUCCAUCAGAGACACUGAAUAAACCUUUUUAUUUUGUAUUAAUGAACCCUGA